AUGUCGGACGACCCCUUCCUUGCGGCUCAGGCUGAUGUUCUAUCACUACUGGACCAGACUCGAUCACAGCUCAAGUCUUACCUGCGCAUACGAUCCACAAGCUCCGCCUCGCCUGAACUGGUUGAAGCGCGGCAAGAACUAGAAUCGACCCUCACAGACCUUUCCGCAGACCUCCAAGACUUGGUCGAUAGUGUGAAAGCUGUAGAAGGCGACCCCUACCGCUAUGGCCUCGACGUUGCAGAAGUUGGUCGUCGCCGAAGGUUGGUACAGGAUGUCGCGAAGGAGGUUGAAGAUAUGCACCAGCAGCUCAAUGCGACGGCAGCACAGGCAGAUGCACACCUGGCACAUCCGGACAAUUUCGCGGUGGACGCAGACGACAUGGGCGAUGAGUACGGCGAGUGGGAAGAGCAGCGACAGAUGGAGAUCAUGCACGAGCAAGAUGAGGCACUAGAUGGGGUGUUCCAGACUGUGGGCAACUUGCGCAUGCAGGCAGACGCCAUGGGCAGAGAGCUUGAAGAGCAGGCUGAGCUGUUGGAAGAUACGGAGAACAUCACCGAUCGAGUCACUGGGAAGCUCGAGACUGGCAUGAAGAAAAUCCGAUAUGUGAUUGAGAAGAAUGAAGACAAGUAUUCGAGUUGCUGCAUUGCAGCACUGAUCUUCGUUUUGAUCCUUCUGCUCAUACUGGUCAUCGUUCUAUGA